AUGGUUGAAAAAUGUAUUUGCUUAACCCAAGAACCCAAUAGAGAAAAAAAAGAAAACACAAAUUUAAAGCCAGAAAUAAUAAUAAAAUCAAUUUACCCAAUAAAGGAAAUAGAAUUAAUUUCAGAAGCUAGUCUUGUGGAAAUAUUUGGUAAAGACAAUGAAUAUUUAUUUACUUGUGAAUCAAAUUUUAUUGAUGAAUGGGAAGAAAUGGCAGUAUAUAAAACUAAAAUAGAUUUACCAAAUUUAUUUUAUUGUAAUAUAAAGUGUUCUAAAUUAAGAAAUCCUAACAGUAUUUGGUUGUACAGUAUUCAACUUUCAGUCGACAAAAGUUUAACUUUGAAUCAAAAGUCUAAUGUGUUUAAUCUUGAAAAUGUAAACAUAUUAUUAUCAAAAUGUAAUCAACCUAUAUCUGUGAGAGCUGCAAAAUUUAAAAAUUUGUUUGAAUUAUACAACAAAAAUUCACAUGAAUUAGAACACAUAAAAAAUCAAGGAGGAUUACAAUGGGAGAAUUUUUUUAAAGCUUUUAAUUCUUCAAACACUUAUGAACUAUUUAAAAAAUUAGAUUUUAAAAAUGAAUUAAUGAAUUCUGAAUCACAGUUAAGUGAAAACUUUAAUGAAUCUUUUCCUUUGAGUUCAACAUCAUCAAAUAUUUCAAAAAAAGUUCAUCAGGAAAGUUCGACAAACAAAAAUUCAUUAGAUUUGGAACCGUUAAAAACUUACAUUAAUAAAAAGUUUUUAGAUAUGAAAGAAGACAUAUUAAAAGAAAUGGAAUUAAAAGUUAAUGAAAUAAGAGAAGAAAAUAAUUUCUAUUUUAAUAAAAUCAUUCUCGCAUUAAAUGAUAUGAAUAUAAAUUCUAAUACAUCUUUUUUAAAGGUUGGUUAA